AAUGACGCAUUUAAUGGUUCCAGUUCCCAGAGUGCUUUGCGAGCAGUGCAGCCGCCUUCUGGUAUUUGUAGUUUCAAAAGAUCCUUUUCGCUUCCGUGUAGCAGUGGAGGAAUCUGGUCGGGAAAGGCUAACACAUGUGAAGAUAUUCAUCAGGUUUGUGUGAAUUUAUGGAAACAUGUCAAAGAAACGGGGAAGGAAGCGUAGCAGUGGGGAGCUGAGUGAAUGCUCAGCGUCGACCCUCGGCCCGGACCCUGACAACCUUCUGGGCCGCCGGAUUCAGCACACCUGGAGGGAGAAGGGGAACGUAACCAAGUGGAAAGGCACCGUCCUGGAGCGCCUGUCUGUCAACAGUUCUCUCUACAUGGUCAAAUAUGACGGCUUUGAUUGCAUCUACGGCAUCGAGCUCUUCAAAGACAACCGGGUGUCCAAUCUGCAAGUUUUAACGGAAAAAGUUGUAAACAAUAAGAUCAAGGUGCCUCCUGGCGCGGAGGAGCUCGUGGGUCGAGCAGUGGAGCAUCUGUUCGAGAAGGAGGAUGGCGAAAAGAACGAGUGGCGAGGUAUGGUGCUGUCCCGAGCCCCCAUCAUGACCCACUGGUAUUACAUCACCUACGAGAAGGACCCCGUGCUGUAUAUGUACCAGCUGUGGGACGACUAUAAGGACGGAGACCUGCGUGUCCUGCCCGAGUCAGAGAACAAACAUCUGCUGCCAGCUGACCGGAAACCAGGUGAGGAACCUGAGAGCCUUGUGGGUAAGCAGGUGGAGUACGUCACAGAUAACGGCCUGAAGAGGACGGGAUUAGUCAUCUACCAAGUCCCCGCAAAGCCCACCGUUUAUUACAUAAAAUACGACGACGAUGUUCACAUCCACGUCUACGAUCUGGUGAAGACCACCUAAUACUGACUGUCGGGUUUCAGCUGAUGGCUUCUACUUGUUCCAGCCAGUCGUUACCUGUUGAAGUGUUAAACAUUAUGAUUUUUUUUCUUCUUCACUGGGAGAUUUUCCCAUCAUCAAGAGGCCUGUUUUUGCCUCAACAAAGCAUUUUAAUUUCUGAUAUUCACUUUUAAAUCUUAAUUUACUAAAUGACCACUAAUUCCUCUUGAGUGUAAAUAAAACAGGUCUGUGGCCAGUCGUGUAGCCCAGCAGGUGCCGUGUGCUUUACUUCAGUCACACUUGUACCACAUCAAACCAAAAAAAAAAAAAAAAAUCAUUUUUCUGACCAACAUGUCUGCGGAUUGCUUUAAUUUCAUUUCACAUAUUUAUUUCACCUGGUAUAUCUUGCUCUGCUGCUGGUAUCGAAACAAGAAUUUGUCUGCUGUGCUGUUAUUCUUUUAACAUCACCUCCAUUUGUUAAAUAUUGAACUAAAGGUCAUUUGAUUUGUAGGCKUAUUUUCUUAAAACGGUGAACUUCAGUUUUUGUUAAAGUCCAACAACUUUCAUGAGAAAACAAAACCUUGAAAAAUAAUGUGUCAUGUCUCCGUUCUGCUCCAUCAUACAUCGUGUAUCAGAGACACUGGUGUUCAUCCGAGAUGUUUUGAAACGUGUUUGUGCUGCACGGUUGCCAACAUUGUGUGGUAUUUUAAAACUGACAUCUUUAUUUGCCAAAAAAGAAAAGAAUGGGAUAAUGUUAAAUGUGACUUUACAUAUGUUUUGCUCUGUAAAUAUAAUGAAACAUUUUUAUAAAUGAAACAAUGUUGCUUGGAAAUUA